AUGUUAUUGAUCAAGCUGGAGUUAGAAACGCCUCCAAUCGUGCGUGUCGUUUGCCACAACCGCCGACACUGUCGUUUCGAGCCGUCACCCUGCUACGCACCCGUCGGACCACAUCACGAAAUCACUUGUCCCUCCGGACCAGAUUCCAGAGUCACGUAUCGAUUUGGGAACAGCAGCUAUAUCAAGAUGACGACCGAUGGAGCAUCGACUGUCAUGGUCGCUUAUUGAGCAGGAAUGGCAUGUGGUCUGGCGUUGAAGCGCCCACAUGAGUACGACCCGUACUUGGCGGACGAGACGUUUUCCCAUGAGGCGAAGCGAGCCCGUCAUACAGCGGCUCACUGCUCACCAUUUCGUCCUCAAAUGGGUACGAUAGCCGCAAGUCUUCCAUCUACUAGCAGUUUCGCUCAAGUUGUUAGCAAGGACGAUUCUCCUUUUGCGGCUGUGGCUGGUAAAUGUCAACUGUCUGAAUCACAAUUAGACGCUUAUCUUCGUUCAGAAGUCCGAAAUGGCCAGCGCAGGAAGCUGAUACCUAGAAGGAACUUUCUGGAUGUAAAGAUCGAGGAUGUUGAUACUCUACGCAAUGAUUAUCGUAUACCAAACUCUCCUCCUCAGUCUGGAUCGGAUUCAGAAGGUGAGAGCUCUAAUAUUCCUAAGGAUGGAACCAAUAAUUACCAGGCCCUAGCCGAGAAGCCUCAGUUCAGUUUAAAGCAGGUACGGAUGAUUUGUGAACGUCUUCUCAAAGAGCAGGAAAUGCGUCUUCGAUACGAGUAUGAAAUAGCCCUGAAUCAGAAACUUGACGAACAACAUGAACAGUACGUCCAAUUCGCAAAUGAACAGCUGGUAUCACACUAUAAGGAACAUGUCUCUGGAGAAUUUUCUUACCUUUCUUAA